UUUCAUUCGAUUCAUUCCUGGAUUCAUCUUUAAAGUCUCUUCCUCUCAUUCUCAUUCUCUUCAUUCUUUCCUCCAGCACUUCUAUUUUUUUUAUUUUUUUUUUAUUACCUUUAAUACUGUUUGUACAACAUAAUGACUUCACACACAAUGGCUAUCAAAAAUGACCCAAAGCAAGAUCUGGACUUGUCCUUGACUCAGUCUAAAGCAAAAUCAUUUCUCAGCCCAUCCUUUGCUGCCUACAUGGACAAUCAAGAUCCUCUAAAGGAACUUCGCAAUGAAUUUGUCAUCCCUACCCGAGGUGAAAUCGCACCAGGUGCUGAUCGCUCGAAUGAGAGCUGCAUCUAUUUAUGUGGCAAUUCACUGGGUCUUCUGCCCAAGGCCGUCUCACGCUAUGUAAACGAAGAACUUCAAGUAUGGGGUGAAGGAGCUGUCAACUCUCAUUUCAAGCACCGUUUCGGCCGUCCUUGGGUCCGAAUUGAGGAAACUGUCCAGGAGCAAUCCGCCAAAAUCGUUGGUGCCAAGAAAGAUGAAGUUGCAGUCAUGAAUACACUCACGUCUAACCUUCAUACACUUCUUGCAGCUUUUUAUACUCCCACGCCUGAAAGGCAUAAAGUCUUGAUUGAAUCCAAGGCAUUCCCCUCAGAUCACUAUGCGAUCGAAUCUCAGAUUCGGUGGCAUAAGCUCGAUCCUGCCACAUCUUUGCUUUGUCAGGAGCCUCGUCAGGGAGAAUAUUUGUUAAGGACAGAAGACAUCUUGGAGACUAUCGAGAAGCAUGGCCACGAGAUUGCUGUUGUUGCCUUCUCGGGUGUUCAAUAUUAUACGGGACAAUACUUUGAUAUAGAGGCUAUCACUAAAGCUGCUCAUGCAAAGGGGUGUAUUGUUGGUUGGGACUUGGCCCAUGCUGUAGGCAAUGUACCUUUGCAACUGCAUGACUGGAAUGUUGACUUUGCAUGCUGGUGCUCUUACAAGUACCUUAAUUCGGGCCCUGGAGGCAUCGCCGGUAUCUUUGUGCAUGAGCGUCAUGCUAUGGGCUUUGAACGCAACCGUUUGGCUGGUUGGUGGGGACAUGACAAGAGCACGCGCUUUGAAAUGAUCAAUGUAUUCAAGCCGAUCCCUGGUGCUGCCGGUUUUCAGCAUUCAAAUCCAUCGGUCUUGACCACUAGCGCGUUAUUGGGCUCCCUCUCUGUCUUUGAAAAGACAACUAUGCAAGAGAUGCGUAAGAAGUCAUAUUUGUUGACAGGAUACCUUUACCACCUCUUGACCACAGAGUUCUCAACAGAUGUGCUAGAGAUCAUCACGCCCAGUGACCCGGAGCAGCGUGGCUGUCAAUUGAGCUUGGUCUUUAAGCAUGGUAAGAUGAUGGAGAUCUUUGACGGUUUGGCCGCGAGAGCUAUCAUUGGUGAUGAGCGUAAACCCGAUGUCAUUCGUGUUGCGCCCACACCAUUGUACACUCGCUUUGAAGACGUGCGUCAAUUUGUUGUUGAGCUCAAGGAUCUGGUUGCACAGGUCUACUACCUCGAAAAAGAGAAGUAGAAGUCAUCUUCAUCUUUGGUUCUAAUAUAAAGCGAGCAAUAUUAAUAAAAUCAAACUAAUUGGCGAUAGAUAUAGCAGAGAUAUUUUUAAUAUAG